AUGUCACGUUUCCUGUUUGGGGAUGAUGUGUCUCAAUCAGCCAAGCAGAUCGAGGACACAGAAAAGUUAAAGAACAAGUUCUCCCUCAAGAAACCGGCAUACCCUUGGAAAACCACCAGUGGCAGGUCACGGGGCUACUGGGGGCGAACAGGUCAGGCGCCAGGACGGGACAACGUCAACUACCAGCGCGGCAGGACGCGGACUCAAAAAACGCCAGGAGCCGGGGUCCACAGAGACCCCGGCAGUAGUGGAGAUAUAAAUUUUGAGGAAAUUGGACAUUUAUUCUCAAGGGAGACUACAUACAAAUUCAGUGCAGUAGACAACCUUAUAAUCAGUGAUGAAAUUGAAAAACUUUUGGACCUGAAAGUCAUUGUGGCCACACAGAGGGAAAUGGGACAAGUUAUCUCUCCAAUUUUCCUAAGGCCUAAAAAGGAUGGUGGGUAUAGGAUGGUGCUGAACUUAAGAGAACUCAAUUUCCACGUCCCUUACAAACAUUUUAAAAUGGAAAACUUUGAACAGGCUAUUAGACUGAUUCAUGCAGGGGACUAUUUAGCUUCGGUUGACCUUAGACAUGCUUACUAUUCUGUCAAGAUUGCUGAUGAACAACAAAAGUUUUUGUGUUUUAAGUGGAACAAUACUGUUUAUCAAUUCACAUGUCUUCCUAAUGGUUUUUCAGAGGGGCCACGAAUUUUCACAAAGCUAUUGAAACCAGUUUUUGCAACACUGAGGGAAAGAGGGCAUUCCAUUACUAGCUUUAUUGAUGACACCCUCAUCUGCAAUAACACUUGGUCAGGAUGCCUUGCAACCAUUAAGGACACUAUUGAUCUCCUCCAGAAGUUGGGUUUUUGUAUUAACGCAGAGAAGUCGGUGUUGACACCCACCAGGACCAUUGAGUAUUUGGGGAAUGUGAUUGAUACUAAUUCCAUGACGAUCACCUUACCGGAACGGAGGAGACACAAAAUUAUUCAGGCCUGUCGGAAUCUCUUGGGUAAAAGCAAGGAUAGAAUUAGGGAAGUAGCCAGAGUUACAGGUCUUUUGGUCGCUGCCACUCCUGCUGUGGAAUUAGGGAAACUGCACUACAGGAAGUUGGAGACGGAAAAGACGGCAGCUUUACAGCUUCAGUAUGGUAAUUUUGAUAAUUGGAUGACUAUUACUGCUGACAUGAAAACAGACUUGAGUUGGUGGCUUGAUAACAUCUAUACACAGGACAGGAAAAUUUUUAGGGGUGGCACGGAUAUUGAUUUAUACACAGACGCUUCCAGUUUAGGCUGGGGGGGCCAUCUCAACAAUCGAGCCACGUCGGGUAGCUGGUCUUUGGAGGAAAAAUUACUACAUAUUAAUGCGCUUGAAUUGAAAGCCAUUUUGUUUGUCCUUCAGACUUUUAGACGGGAGUUGAAAGGGAAUUACAUUAAGGUUUAUUGUGACAAUACCACAGCAAUGACAUAUGUGAACGAGAUGGGAGGUACUAGGUCUCAAGUGUGCAAUGUAAUUGCGGGACAUAUUUGGCAGUGGUGUGUGGAUAAUGGGGCUUCGAUCACGUGUUCACACAUCCCAGGCAAGGACAACACACUAGCUGAUUUAGCCUCUCGUAAAGUGAAUGACAGGCAUGAGUGGAAACUGGACAUACACCUAUUCCAACAAUUGUGUGGCAUCUUUGGUACUCCAGUGGUUGAUUUGUUUGCAUCUCGGCUCAAUAGGCAGGUAGAUUUAUUUUGUUCUUGGAAGCCAGAUCCAGAAGCAACUUAUUUUGAUGCCUUCUCUCUGAACUGGGCACGGUUUGGACUAUGUUAUAUUUUUCCUCCAUUUUCACUAAUUACUAGGUGUUUGCAAAAGAUGCGUGCGGAAGGAGCGACAGGGUGGAUAGUAGUGCCACUGUGGAUGUCGCAGCCAUGGAUGGGCACCCUGCUCAGGAUGUUGGUGGAUCACCCAAGAGUAAUCAUGGAGAAACACGGGGUUCUUGUUCAUCCAUCCUCCGACGAAGAGCACCCGAUCAUGCGGCACACGCGAUUGAUGGCAUGUUCGAUAUCGGGGAACACUUGCAGGAACAAGGAAUAUCUGCGGCAGGGGCAAAAAUUAUCAUGGCCUCGUGGAAAACAGGAACGUGGGUUACGAAUCAAUUAA